AUGGGAGCGCAGGGCAUAGAUAGAGGAUUGUGUGCUGAAUUGAUUAAAGUGGAAGAGGGGGAGUGGCCGAUCGAUGUGCUGCCGGCAGCGGCGCGAGGGCCGCGAGUGCCGUUGGCAGCGCACGGUUGCGCGGCGGCAGACGUGUCGCUUGCUGGCGCGCUCCCGACGCUCGCGCCCCACAAGGGACUGGAGGGUGGUGGUGGUGGUUCUUGUGCUGACACUGACCUCAAUUGCUCGAAGCUUGAUCGCGACGAAGAGCUGCGACUCUGGCCUUGCGAAGCCCUUCGUCGCAACAGCCGCAGUGCGUCGCGACCACAAACUCCGAUGUCGCCAUCGACCCUAACGCCGCCACUGCCGAAGAUCAACUUCCUGAACAGAUGUCGAUCAAGUUCUUCUCAGGGUUACAGGUACAGACUUCCACUUCUCUUGUUUGGUUUUGGGGAACUGGCCUCCUUCUAUGCUUUAUAUGGAUCUGAAGAUACUCAGCGAUGUACUCGGCACCGUUUCGAACUGAAAUUAAAACUGUCUUAA